AUUCACCUCCAGUCUCGGUGUGAACGUUUUACCCGGAACAUUCGCGAAAGCUGUUGUGCUGUUGUUCUCUUCGAAACUCGCUCGUUCGUCUUUCGCACAUUUCGUCGGUACAUAAAAGAAAAUCAUAAAAGCAAGAAACGAACGAACAAAAAAGUUAAACGAAUAUAUCAUUUCAAUGAUAUAACGGAGGUAUCGUCGGUUAUCAAAUCGAACGUCAGUAUCCUCAUCGAAUUAAUUUUCUACUUAGAUCGGACUAAGAUCGUUCUAAGAUCUCUAUGAAAAGGAGUAAAAGUGAGUUAUCGAUAAUUUCGAGGAAUUUAUGAGAUCUAGAUCGAUGAGUAUUCGAAAUCGUAACGAAAUUGUUCCAAGAAGGUGUCUUGCGAUGCCAGACCAUUAUCAUUCUUGAUCUUCGAAUUCAUGAGGAGAGAGAGAGAGAGAGAGAGAGAGAGAGAGAGAGAGAGAGAGAGAGAGAGGUGUGUGUGUGUGAUCAAAAUUAGUCGAUCCAACUGACGUUUAACAUCUGAGAAGAAGAUUUAACAGAAAGAAAGAGACAGAGAUAAAUAGAGAAAGAGAGAAAGAGAGAGAUACAGACAGAAAGAGAGAUAACAAAAAGAAGAAAAACAAAUAAAGAAAAAAAAGAAGAUGCAACUGUUCAUCCUGUUUAAAUUUCCCGUUCUUCUUCUUCUUCUUCCUACGUUCUCGGCCGAUACUACCUGGCCAAAAGUCAUUGAUCCCUUAAUGACAGUACGAAGAUCGUAUCACUCGCAACUUCAAACAUCAACUACAAGUUCGGUGGAUGAAAAGGAAUGUGUCGAAUGUAAUCAAAACAAGGUCGUUGUCAACGACCAAAAUCCUAUACUAACCGAAUUGAGGGUCGAGUACGUUAAGCAACAGAUCCUAAAGAAAUUGAGGCUCUCAAAGCCUCCGAAUGUAUCGAUAUCACUGUCGACCUUGCCGAAGCCAUUGAUAAACGGCAACGUGCUCGAACUUCGACCCGGCGCGCCACUUGAACCGGAAAAAUCGGCUGAGAGUUUCUAUGGUAAAACCGAUCAAAUCGUCGUCUUUCCUUACGAAGGAAUAGGAGAUACGAAGAAAUGCCUACAAAGUUCGAAUCACUUGACGGGUUUCAACCCAGCAGCUUGCUUUACGUUUUACUUGCCAAACGAAAUGCAAUUCGUCGAUGUAACUUCGGCACAACUUUGGUUUUAUAAGGAAUACGACGAGAACGACGAUCUCAACCAAACUUUUGUACUAUCGGAAUUGGAUCAUUGGGAUAAAGGCGAAAGAUUCGAAAAGAACACAAUGGUGGCAAUUUUCGAUACCGAUAUAGGAGAAGGUUGGGUAAAGACGGACGUGGGUUUUACAGUGAGAAAGUGGGUGGAAAGGCAUCAGCUGAACCACGCGAUGCAAAUAACCUGCAGCACUUGCUCGAUCGACCGUGACACUGCACCGGUCUCUAUCGAGCAAACACUGAAGCCCUUCUUGGUAAUACAUACGUCACCGUUGCCGCAAAAAAAUCGACCGAAAAGAAACUCCAAUUGCUUACCGGAAAUGAAGGAAUGUUGUAGAGACGAACUCUACAUUAACUUUGCAGACAUUGGCUGGAGCGAUUGGAUACUUCAUCCUAGAGGUUAUCACGCAUACUUUUGCAGAGGAUCAUGUUCAACCGCGGCAACUUUGACGAUCAGUGCAACAUCUCAUACCAACGUUAUCAUGAAAUGGAAGACAAUACAUCGUGGAAACGAGAUCGUCCCGUGUUGUUCGCCGACUCAACUCUCAGCGAUACAACUUCUAUAUGUUCACACUAACAACACGAUACAGCAGAAAACCUUACCGAACAUGGUAGUCGAGGCUUGUGGUUGUAUGUGACCAUCACUAUUUCAAAUAAACGAAGAGACAAAGAAAUAUAAUAGAAGAAUAAGAAAUAAAAGAAAAAUAGGAGAAACAAGAAAAAGAAUCGGAUGGCUGACACCAUCCGAAACUUAAACUUUCCUUUGUUGUAUCUUCGAACGCAUACAUAUAUAGACGAAUUUGAUACGCAGGCAUUCUCCAAUUUUCCUUCAGAUCCAUUCUGAAACGAUUUCUUCGAACGGAAACAUAAAGGCAAACGAAAAAGAGAUACGUAUAUGGUGUGUCCCAGAAUAUAAGUAUAAAAUAUUUUAAGGGGUUAGUUCCGAUAAAUUCAAACGAUAAAAACGACAAAAAAACAAAAAACAAAAAAAAAGACCAAAAAAAAACGAUUCGUGUAAAAAUAUGUAUAUGUCCUAUUUAUGAGGUACGCGGCAUUUAUGAGGUUAACUAAUAGGUUUAAGAAAGAAAAAAAAAAUAAAAAUAAGAGAAAAGAAAAAAAAAUACAAAGAAGAUAUUUCAUGAAACAUUAUAUAAUGAAGAAUAUAAAACUUGAAACGCUUGAAGAACCUAUAUAAGGUAUCUGUAACUAUAUUUCUAUAAAAAUCUUUUAUUAGAAAACUUACGAAUCUGUGAAACGGAUUUUCAAAUUCGAUCUUCUUAAAAACUAAGUCUCACAAGAAACUACAAUUUUAUUCUUAAUUAUUUACUUAUCCUUUAAUGAAGUAUCAUUUCUUACGUGGUUGUACAUAAUUUUCGGACUUAAAUAUAUAUAAUAUAUACACAAAUACACACACUAUAUAUAUAUAUACAUACACACACACACACACACUAUAUAUAUAUAAAUAUAAGGAAUUUGUAGAAAUUUGUAGAAACGAUUAAAAUUGGUCUUCAAAUGAGACAUUUAGCUAUUAAGUAAAAUCGAGAAUGUUAGCAGUAGAGCCAUGGGAAAUUAGUAGAUAAAAUUAGAGAGAGAGAGUGUGUGUGUGUAAGAGAGAGAGAGAGAGAGAGAGAGAGAGAGAGAGAGAGAGAGAGAGAGAGAGAGAGAGAGAAGAAUGUAUGAUACGUACGUUAAACCAAGAAUUUCGUUACGCCAUAUUGUAGCAACUCAUCAUAGAAGAUACGUUAGGAAAGUAAGUCCUUUGGGAUCGAAAAGUUUUGGACGACUGGUGAGAAUAUCUUUUUGUUGUAUUCUCUUAUACAACUUUUAUAUGUAUACGUAUAUGUUUACAAUGUAUUUAUAUAUAUACACUGUGCGUAUGUGUCCUUCGCGUGCCCGAUAUGUGUGAUGUGUAUAUUAUAUGUAUGUAAGUAGAUUGUAUGUACAACAAAACAAUGAUAACGUUCGAUAACUUUAUUUUCAAUGUUAUUUUCUAUACACUAUGUGUAUAUAUAUGUGUAUAUAUACAUUCAAUACAUACAUACAUACAUACAUACUAUAUAUAUAUAUAUAUAUAUAUAAUAAUUAUUUUCAAUAUCUUUAUUUAGAAAUUGUUUUAUAAUUAAGGAACAUAUCUGUAAUAUUAAAUACGUUAUUAUUGCUCGUCUUCUGCAAAAUUCAAUUACCACAAAUAUAUAUUAUUCACCUUUUUGAAUUAUAUUAAACAAAAGAAAAAGAAAUAAUAAUAAUAAUAAUAAUAACAAUAAUAAUAAUAAUUAUUAUAAUAAUAAACAAAAGUAUAUAUGCGAAAAAAGUUUUGUAAAUUUUGUAAAUUAGAUAAUUAAAAUAUUUCCAACGAUAUCGUCGUUGUUGAAGCAAAGGGAAACGAUUAAACGUGAAAAUGUAAGAAAAGAAAAGAUAAGAAAAAAUAAGAAAAGAAAAAAAAGGAAAGAAGUAAACCACAGCAGUAUUCUCUUAAGCAAAUAUUUAUCAGAGCUAAGCAUUUUUUGUUUCGUUUUAAUAUAUUAAAUAUAUAUACUAAUGAGAGGGGAGAGAGAGAGAGAGAGAGAGAGAGAGAGAGAGAGAGAGAGAGAGAGAGAGAUAAGAGGUAAUUACUAUCGGAUAAAAUGAUUUCUUAGAAUAAUAAAAUUUUAUCUGCAAUAAUAUAUGUACUAUCUCUUUGCAAAUCGAAUUUGUGAUAACUCUUAGAAUUAUUAUAUCCUUUAUUUUAAAAUAUAUAAAACAAUGUAAAAUAAAGCAAUGUAAAUUCGUUA